CUCAACUGGGAAGAAACAAAAGAAAAAUCAAUAUGCAGUCAAAGAGCAGCCUGGGUUUUCUAGAAGGUGACCCCCUCUCCCCCCGCCCCCAGAAGCAUCCCAAGGACGAGCUCCCUUAGCAACAGCCCCGAAGUUCCAGAAACUGUCCUACCCCUGAUAGUCAGCUCCAGCUUGAGUGUGGAAAUCAGACUUCUUGCCGAGUCUUCUUACCAGAGAAAUGCAUGUGGCAGUGGUGACAGCAGCAGUGAUCAUGCUUCUUAGCAUGGGCUGGACCUCGGACUCGCUUUGCUCGCCCACCAUAUUUUAUAGAGACUGCUGGAUCCGUCGCUUCCCAGGUCUUCUCAUUGACCUGGAGGAGUCGCAGAAGAUGGGAGCUCAGUUCUUGAAGUACUAUUCUGAAAGCACUGGCCAGAAAUGCAGUAGGAGCUGCUGUCUUAGGAAGGACGUGGCCUGUAACUUGGCUGUCUUCUACCAUGAUCCUCUUCAUGACAAUGUCAACUGCCUCCAUGUUCACUGCCCAACACUGGAAAGCUGCAUAUUAGAGCCUGGACCCAGUGCCGUUUUAUACAACAUAACGGAUGGUGUAGAUCCAGAUUUGCUGGUUUUUGGACAAUCGCCUCCCACAUACGAGUAUCAAAAUACCCGCUCUUCACCUAAUAGAUGGGACAGACUAAGGAAUCUAAAACCUAUGAAUUUGGAUAAACAACAAACGACCAUGAUAAACCAAAUGCUACUGUCAGUAGAGGCUCCAUCAUCAGCCACACAUCAAGAUUUGGUGGUAAACACAAGCAACACCAGGUAUUCCAAAGAAUUAACCACAGGUUCUUGGGCAAGAUUCAUUUCCCUGAAUGGUUCCAUGACCACAAAGGUAAAUAAGGAGUCAUCCAGUACUGGUUUCAGUAAUCCAGAUAACAAGACCAUUUCUCCUUUCUUUAUGCCCACAGACACAAAGCUUUCUCAUAUGCCAAUUCCAUCCCAACUCAACAGCAGCAAACAAUUACUGAACAAAACCAAAGGGUACAACAGCCGAAACCACACAUCUGAGAACGAAGACGCGACACCAGAUGGGGCAUCUGUGACUUCAAAGCCGUGGUUGGUUCCUGUGGCCCUCGGCACCUCUGUCAUCUUUCUUUGCUGUUGUACAGUCAUCCUGGCAUCUGGAUGCUGUCGAAAGAAGCAAGGCCAGUAUAAACCAAGACAGAGAAAGUUAGGAUCCAGGCAAAUUUAAAAACAUAACAUUCGGAAGAACUCUUCAUAGUAAAAGUUGUAGAGAUUGUAAGCUUUCAAAGAGUAUCACUUUUAGUUUUCUGUAAGACAAGGGCAGUUUGGUAAAAACAAAUAAUUGCACAGGAUGCCCACUCCUACCAAUCUCUAAAAAAGGCUAAUGCUUGAUAAACCUAACUGCUUUUUUAAUUACCCCCAUUUUUUUGAAGUGCACCGUUUGCCAAAGUUCCAAAAUUCUGACCUCCCUCUGCGGUUAUGUAGCAAUCAUGUGAAAGAUAUAGUUCUGAGUGCUGCCCGUGCAUUUCCUCAUUGAAUCCUUACAAUUCUGUUAGGUAUACUAUUAUCAACCAUUAUACUAUUAGCCACUAUACUAUUAACCACUAUACUAUCAUGUCAUACAGAUGAGGGAACUGAGGAGAAGAGACACUAAGAAUCUUGCCUGAAGUCACACAGCUGGCUAGUAAGUAGUGAAGCCAGGACUUAAAGACAACAUGGUUCAAAAGUCCAUGCUCAAAAUCACAGUUAGACUAAAAGCCUCCAUUUUCCCAAGAAGCAUGGAAAAAAGAUACAGGGAAAAAAGGAUACUAACCCAGAAGCAAAUGCUUCCUGAUUUUUAUAUAGUUUUCUAUGUUCAAUUGAUUAAUCCUUCUCAAUCCUAAUUUAUCAUCAUUUUUAAAGAUGACAUGCCUUUCAAUAAUUAUGGCGCUGAGCUCUUUCAGUUUUAUGUUGACGUCUGUUGAAUCAAGCUUGGGAGUUGCCCUUUACAUCCCGCCCUUGUAUACAUUGUAUUCCCAGGUAAAAAUACUAGCUCUAGGUAUUUCAUUCAGCUCUAUCCAUUGCUUACACCAGAUGUAACCCCCUCAAUCUUACACUCAGACUCAUAAAUGUUGAGAACUGUGAUUCAAGUGUCUAAUGAUCUUAAACUUUAGCCCCUUAAUCUCUUCUGUGAAACUCUUUUUAAUGUGAGAACAGAUAUUAAGACAGCUAUAAGCAUACAGAAUAUAUGAGGAAAUCUUACUACAAGAUUAAUAAAAUAGUACUUCCCUCAGAACAUUAACCACAAAUAAAAGUCUGAAUUAAAAAAGUUAAUUUACCUUAACUAUUUAUAAUAAUAUCAUAAAUUUUAUCAAUUUGCUUCCUAAGGCAUUUGGAAAAAAGCCCAUGCUAAUUAGGGGGUAUUGUUUUGUAGAAAUGACCAUAAUUUGGAGAAAAUGUAUUUACCUUUGUAAGAAAACAAAUGUGUUCCCCUUCUCUUCUUCAGCCCCUACCUUUUGACCAUCUAAGUAAACUUAGGCUGGAGAGGCAACCAGACCAGUCAGCCAAGAAGCGAAAACAACUGCGCGCACAAACACGAACUUGAAUGGAAGCCAAAGGGACCAAAGAGAACUUCUGAAUAGAAUUUAAAACUUUACAAAACAGAUAUCAGGGACCAGUCAACAAUUCCUAAGGCUAAGGUUGUUACACCCGUUUGGGAAAAAUAACUGAUACUGAAAUCUCUCCUACUUUGUAGCUAGCCAGAUCUUUUUUUAAAUAAAAAAGGUCUCUAACUGUCCUGUAUUAUGAAAUACUUACCAAUAUUGAAAAGAAAAUACACAAAGAACUAAAACACCCUAUAAAUAAGAAAGUGGGUUUAUUUAUUUGCCUGUGUUUUAGCAACUUCGGAGCUAUGUUACUUAACAGUCUGAAGGCAGAAGAGACUGUAUAGCAAGAGAGUCCCCUAAAAUCCUCAUUAUAAGGAUAAAUAUGAUAAUAUUCACUGUAUAUACUGGAUCAAUUAACAGUGUAAAGGACAAGGACCUAAUUAAUGACAAAUAGUUUAUUGCUAAAAUUACAGGGACCACCACUAUUACCUUGAGGGUAGUUUUGUAUCCAUCCAAAUGGCUCUAAGGCAGCGGUUCUCAACCUUUCACAGGGGUCGCCUAAGACCAUCGGAAAACACAUA